AUGUCUUCUCCAGAUUCAAGUCGAGCUGGGUCAACGGCAUCUGCCGCUCCCAUUGACGAUCAUAGCUCUUCACGCAGGCACUACGAUGUCAACUCUGCGGAUGACCAGCCUCUGCUUUACGCCAAGGUAUCUAUGUUCACCCCUAACAAGUCCGAGCUUAUUAUCCAUCCUGGUACUAGCAGCAAGGCCCAAAUUGUGGCCGUCUCCAAAUGA